AUGAAACGAAUACGUAGCUGGAUGUAUGAAAGGUUGGAUGACCGCAACAUUAGAACGGAGUUUGUGAAAGGGGUUGAUGAAUUCAUUCAGUUUUGUAAAGAUCAUCCAGAGAGCAGUAAAGUUGAUGAGGUUAGGUGCCCUUGUGUCAAAUGUCAGAAUCUUCAGCUACAUGAUUCUGAGACGGUUAAAGUGCACUUAUAUAGAAAGGGUUUUGUGGAGGACUACCAUGAAUGGUUGUGUCAAGGUGAAGGGUUUCCAAUCAUCCCACCUCCCCAACCUAAUCCAUUUCGUGACAUGAUUAUGGAUGCCCUUGGGAAUGACCCACCUAACAUGGGUGGUGGAGAAGAGAGUCAUUUUGAGGAGGAAGAGGCAAAUCCUCAAGCUAAGAAAUUCCUUAAUUUGUUGGAGGAAUCUGAGCGUCCUUUACAUGAAGGGAGUUCCAUGUCUGUUUUGGAAAUUGCAUCUAGAAUCACAAGUUUGAAGUGUGAGUACAAUUUUCCUCACAGGUGUGUGGAUGGAUUUGCUUCUUUGAUGAAUGAAGCAAUUCUUGACAAUAACAACAUGGGAGAGACAUUCUACGAGGUUAAGAAAGUAGUUAACGGGUUAGAGCUUCCUCAUGAGAAGAUACAUGCCUGUCCAAAAGGUUGCAUGUUGUUUUGGAAGGAUGACGUGAACUUGUCCAACUGCAGAGUGUGUGGUAGCGAAAGGUAUAGCAAGACUUCAAAAGGAAGUUUAGUGCCCUUGAAAGUGCUUAUUUAUUUCCCGAUUACACCGAGGUUGCAAAGGUUGUUUGCAACAAAGAACAUUUCAGCGGAAAUGACAUGGCACGCCAAUAAUCCUAGAGUUGCAAACACAAUGGCUCAUCCUUCUGAUAGUGAUGCUUGGAAACACUUGGACAAGACCUUUCCAGAAUUCGCCUAA